AUGAUUCAACCGGCACCAGCUGACCUGCAAAUCAAAUCACUCCCACCAGUUAGGGAACUGGCCGCCGGCCAGGCCAACAUGCCCAAGUGGACGCUGCCAGCGGACUAUGUGCCGCAGGGCCUGCCGCCUACCCCGGAGCUGAUGUGGGACCGGGACGAGCCGUACCUUCCUCUGCCUGGGGGGUACAGGAUCACGCCGUACCGUGCGUGCGAGGCUGAUUAUGUUGCUGUUGAACGCAUGAGCAACCACCCAGCUAUCGCUCAAUGGUCGCUUCUGCGACCGUACCCAUACACGCGAACUGACACACUCCUCUGGUUUGAUCUCAAAAUCCCACUCCUAGCCGCCUCUGCUGCAGAGUUACGCAAUGACCCUGCCGCCAAAGUCACCCACGCGCCAGUGAUUGCCAUCCGUGACCCCGAUGGAACCCUGGUCGGUGACGUCUCCGUCGAGCCGCUGCCCGGUUUCCUUGGACUCGGGUAUGCACUGGAUGCUGCCCACCAUGGGCUCGGGCUGGGCCGCGCAGCCGCAGGCGCAAUGGUAGCAUGGGCAGCCGGGCGGAUGGGCAACGAGUUUCGUGCGACUGUCCAAGUCGUCAACGCCCCUUCGAACCGAAUCCUUGCAGGACUGGGGUUCACGCACAUCGGUACAGAGGACAAACCGUGGCCGCCGCAGGCGGGUGGCGGCUCACGGGAGGCCAACCUCGCCGACGCGCUCGACGAGAACGCACACCUCUGGAAACGGGUACAUGCCCUCCAAGAGCGCGCCCACUCCAUGUGCGCAGAGAAUGUGGACCUCCGGCGGCAAGUCAACAUCCUUCGCUCACGAGCCAAGGCCAUCGCCCCAUCACUCUCGGUGGACACCUCCGCGUCCGUGUCUGGACUACCGCCCUCGCCGGUCCCCUCCCCCAUGAACCUCCUACCAACGCCAGUUUCGGCCACUACGUAUACGUCCGGGCUACACGAGUUGAAGAAGGAUGUCGCGCGACUCCAGGACGACAAUUCGCGCCUCCUUAGCAGCGCUGCGGAGGGACGCACGAUUAUUCGGCAACUAAGGCGGGAACUCGAGCGGGAGCGAGAGCUGUGUAGCUGCCGCCAUUCCCUCCGACCGAGGGAUGGUGGACACCGACGGUCGUCAUCCAACUCGCUCCCAUCGACCAGCCCCAGUGAUUGGGGUAAGCGUCCCUCCCCUGUCCGUAGAAAGUGGGACUCGGAGAGCCAACGGCGGAGCGAGUGGGACUGUCCUCCCGACCUCGUUGGCGGACACGUGCGCACGUCGAGUGUACGCUCGCUUGUCGAGUAG